CCAUUAACCAUUUCAUCCUAUUCUGUGUCUUUCUAACCUAAAAUAAUAAUAAACAUGCGAGAUAUUUACUGUUAAAUAAUAUAAUCAUUAUAAAAUAAUAUCAUUAUGAAAGCAGUAAAACAAAAACCAGAGUUCACAAAACAAAAACCAGAGUUCAAAGCUUUAGAAUUAAGUGUAUCGGAUGAUUCCAAGCAUGGGCACACAAUAUACUUCAAGGAACACUCUAUUAGAGAACAAAGUGCCGACAAACCAUCAGGCAGAACUAUGUUUAUUGUGAAUGUGCCACCUUAUGUUGAUGAGCAAUCUCUGAAGAAUGCUUUCAGUGAGGCUGGGAAAGUUCUCUCCGUAUCAUUUGCUCUGAAACCGAGUUUAUCAGACAUCAAGAAAGUCAAUAAAUUUGUACCCGACCCCAACUUACCAACAUUCAGAGUUGCUUACAUUGUGUUCUCUAAAGUAUCUGAAUUAGACAAGGCACUGAAGCUAACCUGCUUACGGCCUCUAAAUUCAGAGACUCAUCAAAUUAAAUUAGGUAUAAAUAAGUGGAUAGAUGAGUAUAACAACUCUGUGUACCAACCUAAAGCGCUGAAACAGAAAAUAGAGGAAUUCAUGAAACAGCAUGAUGCAGAAACAAAAGAAGCUGAAAAGAAAGAGAAGAAACUUGAAGAGGAAGAUGAUGAGGGCUGGGUGACAGUCACCAAGAGAGGCAAAGUACAAAGUUUUGCCCGGUCAGAAAAAGUUGAGAACAAAAUUAUGGCUAAAGAAGAGAAAGGAAAGAAACGAAAAGAGUUGAAGAACUUCUACACUUUCCAAAUACGAGAGUCAAAGAUGAAGCACAUAGUUGCCUUGCGACAGAAGUUUGAAGAAGACAAAAAGAAGAUAGCUCAGAUUAAACAAAGCCGUAGAUUUAAGCCUUUUUAAUUAAAAUAAAUACUUUUCUUUAAUUCUUAAA